AUGAUGCACAUUACAGCUCCUUUCCUCUCCCCUCUACAGCUUGCCAGCAAAGCACGGACAGAGAAGGAGGAGAAGCUGAGCCAGGCCUAUGCAAUCAGCGCUGGUGUUUCCCUAGAGGGCCAGCAGCUCUUCCAGACCAUUCACAAGACUAUUAAAGACUGUAAAUGGCAAGAAAAAAACAUCGUAGUCAUGGAAGAAGUUGUUAUUACACCCCCCUAUCAAGUGGAAAACUGUAAAGGCAAAGAAGGGAGUGCACUGAGCCAUGUACGCAAAAUAGUUGAAAAACAUUUUAGAGACGUGGAAAGCCAAAAGAUACUGCAGCGUUCACAAGCCCAGCAACCACAGAAGGAGGCUGCCCUGUCAUCCUGAGUCCACACACCUGGAGGACUCUUCCAAGAUCCAGCCCGGGAGGCGGCCGUGGCUGCAGCGGAGCAGGCCGGGGGAGGGGAGGGAUCCUAUAGUUCCUAUUGGCUCUUGUUAACGAAGGGCCAGCGUUUCCAAAUCUUAGACUUGAACAAACAAAACACCCAACACAAAAGAACAAGAGAAUAAUUUAAAAGUUGAAUCAUUACUUGACUAACCGACUGCGGUCCACCGUGUCCUUUCACAGCCCCUUCUGGAACAGUCACCUUGUUAGUUUUAUUUUUGAACAUGCCCAUUCCUUCCCGCUCUGCUCUUCCGACUCUUGACUUUUCCUGUCCUGGGUCUGUUCCCUGUUCUUCUGUUUUUAUAAGUGGCUACACUUGCCUUCUGAGUGAUUGAAAGAAACUUUGACAUCUUCUCUCCCAAAAUAAAAGUAACAAGCUGACUGUGA